UUUGACUUGGCUACAGUGCUGUUUAACGGCGCAAGUCAUCACGAUCGUCGUCUUCGUAAUUAUAAUAUUACUAUAGUCGUGUAACUCCACUCGCAGGUCACCACCGUUUCAUACGGUUUCGUGUGCAUUACAUAAGUAUACUAUGAAUAUAAUUUAUAUCAUCGGAACUUUGUGGCGUGGAUAGACCAUCGUGUAUAUUAUUGUAUUUUUUAAUUUUUAAUUUUUUUGAGUAUUAAUCUAAUUUCAUUAAUUCCUUCCUUUCGAUACUGGUGUGCAUCGACUGUAUUAACUAUAUUGUGAUCCUAUAAUAUUUCAUGAUUGACCGUCAUAUCACAGAUUAGCUGUCUUUUAAAUAACUUAAGUGCCUGAGAAUCGAAUGCAAUUGAUGGAAAACAUUAAAUGAKUGUGGUUAUUUGGCAGUKAUGAAGUUAGUUCCAGUGAUCUCUGCAGUUCUGUUAUAUGCCAUCGUGGUUACCAAAGCAACAUUUGAAAAUGAUGGAAAUCUUGAAGCAUUACUCAAUCACGUUUUAUGGGAACCUACUACGAGCAAUUCACCGACAACAGAAGAAGAUAAAGUUGCUCCAUAUUUUGAUGAAACAUCUACUCAUAACAACGUCACAGUCCAAAUUGGAGCGAAUGUAGACCUCCAUUGCAAAGUGAACCGUUUAAACGACAAAACGGUGUCAUGGGUUCGAAGGGCAGGUGAUAAGAUGCAACUACUUUCAUUUGGUCACCACGUGUAUAGUACAGAUCAGCGUUAUGAGCUUUUAUUUAAAGAUCCAAACGAUUGGCAACUCCGUAUAUCUUAUCUGAAUGAAAGAGAUGGAGGCCAUUAUGAGUGUCAGGUAUCGACUCAUCCACCAAUAGCAUUCACUGUUUAUCUAGCUAUUAUAGUGCCUCAAUUGGAAAUAACAGACGAAAGAGGCGUACAAGUGAAAGACAAAUUCUACUACGUGGGUAGCACUAUAGAGCUAAAAUGCUAUAUAACCAAAGUACCCCAACCAAGUCAAUUCAUUGUAUGGCGUCACGAAACGACAAGCCUAAAUUACGAUACAAGCCGAGGCGGUAUCAGCGUGAAAACCGAUAUACUGACAAAUGGCGCGAAGAGCAGGCUUUUUAUAGCCAAUGCACAAACUUCUGACUCGGGAAAGUACACUUGUUCACUAACUGAUAUAGCGAGCACAUCAGUUACAGUGCACGUCUUAAACGGUGAAACUCCAGCCGCAAUGCAACACGGUGGUAGCAAUCGGUGUGGCAGGUUACAUUCAUUAUGGGUGAUCAUCACAUUUGCAUGGAUAAUGUUUCGAUUAAGUUGACAUGAUUAAUACGCAAAUGUGCAUUGUGUUCCAAAUCGAUAUGUUACUUAUUAUUAUAAUUAACAAUUGUUAACUUGAAUCAUAAAAGGAAAACCAUAAUAAUCCCGAUAACCCGACGGACAUUUAUACAUUGAUCGAUUGAUACCAAAUGAAUAGGUACAUACCUAAUAUUAUAAAAUUAUUACGUAUAAGUGUAUAAUAUACUAUAAUACUGUACUCGUUGUCUCAUAUGUUGUCUUUGUUGAGUUUUUAUCACUCUGUAUUUAUAUUUGUAUCAUAUAAAACCUAU